AUGGCGUUUCCAGUAAAUCUAAUCCUCACCCUUGUCUCCUUCUCCUCCCUUCUCCACCUCUCUUCCGCCACUUUCACUCCACCAGAAAACUACCUCCUUAACUGCGGCGCCACCACCAACACCUCCUUCUUCUCCACCCGCUCCUUCCUCGGCGACUCAUCAACACAAGGCUCCACCUUUCUCACCGCCGAUCGAUCCAUCUCUCUUUCCGACCAAAACCCACCUCCGGAUUCCCCCGCUUUAUACCACACAGCUCGUAUCUUCCCCGGCGGAUCACCACCAUCUCCCGCCUACAAACUCCACCUCACCACCACCAACGCCACUCACUUCAUCCGUCUCCACUUCGCACCGUUCAAAGCUUCGAACUUUAACUUAAAAUCAGCUAAAUUCUCCGUUUUGAUCAAUGGGUUCUCCGUAUUAAACACCUUCACCACCAACACCAUCUCCGUGAAAGAGUUCAUACUCAAAAUCGAUUCCUUUGUUUUAGAGAUUUCGUUUCUCCCUGCGAAAGCUUCCACCUUUUCCUUCAUCAACGCGAUAGAAGUCUUCUCAGCUCCUAAAGAUUACAUAAUCGAUCGUUUAACCGUGGAAGAAUAA